UCAGCAAAAUUCUCAUCUGACAAGAAAAAAUCUUACAAGGGAAAUAUUAGUAAUAUUUUUAUACUCCUGUGUUUAUGACAAUUAGAAGAAAAUAUACCGAUGUAAAGAUAUCAUGUAGAAUGCUUUUAUACAUAAAAAAAAUCUAGAACAAAAUCCAGAAAAAAGUGAAGGCCAACGAACACAAUUUGUAGGGAAGACGCGGUCAAGGCGUAAGCCUAGUGAAAGCGUAUUGUGCGCUUUGAAAGCAAAUUUUUUGGGAACAAUAAAUAUAUACAAUUAGAUAUAUAGUUCCAAAUUUAAAAAGUAUCUAAAAUGCAUUCCGUACGCAAAUAUCGCAGUGAGACCAGUGAGAUCAGCUGUUGUCUGAAAUAUUUGCUCUUCAGCAGCAACGUAGUUGUUUGGACUGCUGGAUUGUGUGUACUGGCCGUAGGUAUUUGGGCAUGGAACGAAAAAGAUAUGUUUAGUAAUUUGGCCAAACUAACAUUUAUAGCGCUAGAUCCUGCCUUUGUGCUUAUUUGCACAGGCACUAUAACAUUUAUCAUUGGCUUUACUGGAAGCGUGGGUGCGCUACGAGAAAACACCUGCCUAUUGUCACUGUAUGCACUGUUUCUAUCUUUGCUGUUGAUGUUCGAAAUCAGUCUGGGCAUAUUGACUUUCGUGCUAAAGGACAAAGGCUGGAUAAAAGAUCAAGCAACCGAAGGAUUGCGUGCCUUCAUCAUUCACUAUCGCGAAGACCCAGAUCAGCAAAAUCUCAUCGACUGGAUACAAGAGGAUUGGUUGCAGUGUUGUGGCAUCGAUGGUCCUAAAGACUGGGAUAGCAAUAACUAUUUCAAUUGUUCAUCAAGCGCGAUAGGCAGUCGGGAGGCAUGUGGUGUGCCAUUUUCAUGCUGCCGUCGCCGGCCGACAGAGAUAAUUAAGAACAAGCAGUGCGGCUAUGAUGUGCGCAAGGAGGGAUAUCCGGUUGAGCGACAUAUUUAUGAGCGUGGCUGCUUGCGAGCUGGCGAAGAUUGGCUGGAAGCGCACCUAAUCAGUGUGGCGUCUUCCUGCAUUUGUAUACUAAUAAUCCAGAAGUUUGAAAUAUCGAAAAUCAUUUACGAAAAAGGCUGUGUACAAGCAGGCGAAGAAUGGAUUGAACGUAAUUUAAUUAUAAUUUCAACCAGCGUUAUUAUACUUAUUUUUAUACAGAUACUCGGAAUUUGUUUUACUCAAAAUCUGCGCGCAGACAUAAAUGCACAAAAAUCCAAAUGGCACUGACAUAUACCUUCCACAGCGGUAUCCAACAGUGCGCCGCCUCCGCCUGCUGCCAUUUAGAACGUCUGCAAACAAAAUUACUGUGUAUGGGUUUAGUAUAGAAGUGCAUGAGUGUAAAUGAGUAGACAAAAAAAUGCAAGUAAACUAGUUAAACGGUUAAACGUAAGCUUUAAACUUAUAACACUGCUUCAAAUGCAAAUUACGCACAUGCCUAUCGUAGUUAAACAUACCAGCAAUUUUUUAUUAACAAACAUGAACAAAAUAGACACAUAAAGGCUUUUAAGAAUAUCAAUUAGAAAAUUGAAAUGUAUACCAAUACUUUAUAUCUAUGUUUAUGCUAUUUUUAGCUACUACUUUCUAAAAACAUUAUUUUAACGCUCUCGAAUACUCUAUAUAAAUUAAUAAUUUUCCAUUUCAUACUCCUUCGCUUUGCAAGCCAAACACAAAUUGCAGCUGUGAUAACUCUUUUUGUCAGCUUUGAACUUUCUCAUACUAACACGAAAAAACCGAUAUUACACCUAACAAUAAAAUUCAAGCAAACAAUGCACACACAUUGUGGUAUGCAAAAUAUUAAUGCUA